AUGAGCCCAGCCUGCUCAAAGUGGAGUCCUCCAGAGCUGAGAAUGAUCGUGGUUCUUCAGUUUAUGGCGUUCUGUCUGGCCCUGGUAUCCACUCUGUUCCUCAUCGUGGCCACAUGGACCGACUGCUGGAUGGUUAAUGCCGAUGAUGACUGGGAGGUGAGUCAGAAAUGCCGUGGGCUGUGGUGGGAGUGCGUCACCAACACACAGGAUGGGAUCCGCACAUGUGACCAGUACGAGACCAUCCUGGCAGAGCACCCACUGAAGAUAGUGCUGACCCGAGCUCUGAUGAUCACGGCCGACAUCCUGGCCAGCUUUGCGUUCAUUAUCCUCGUUCUGGGCCUGGACGUCGUCAAGCUGCUCAAGGAGGAGCCCCACAUCAAGCUCAGGAUAUGUUACUUUGCGGGCUUCAUUUUCGGUCUGGGAGGGAUCCCGGGAAUGAUCGGCUCCGUGUGGUACGCGGUGGACGUGUACGUCGAGAGGGCGACGCUGGUCCUGAAGAACGUACACUUAGGGAUGCACUACGAGUUUGGCUGGUCCUGCUGGCUGGGAAUGGCUGGUUCCACGGGCUGCUUCCUCUCCUCCAUUGUGCUGACCUGCUGCCUGUACAUUUUCAGGGAUGUGAGGCCCUCUCAUUACAACAGGUCUAUUUAUCAGUAUGGGCGGACAGCAGCGGGGAAGAAGUACGCCAUGGACUCACGAGUAUAG